GCCAUGGGGACCUCUCAAAACGGAUAUAUUUCUAUGGUUCCUCACGAAAAUUGUGAAAAAUGUUAAAACAUACAUGCCCAUCACAACCCACUCGCCGAACUGGCACCUUUCUAAUCCCCCUAGGUGCACUUAUCACCCUGGGCAUGCAAUGAUUCCUGCACCUUGCCCUUCUGCCAGCUUUGACGGCGGACGUAUGGCUGUUCCUCUUCAGAAUGUUGCUCCAAGCUAUUUUUAUUUUUAAUGAGUGCUCGUCCGAAUAAUCACUCUGAUGUCUCUCGAGAUGUUCUUGGCGGAAAUUUUCAUGGGACGGUAGAAAUCUAAUGUACGUCGACUGGCCUUCAGGCGAAAUACCACAUGCACAUCCUCUAGCUUUUCAGAUUUUUUAAACAAUUUCUUG